CAAGACUAGGAGUAGGAUGGCGAAUAAAACACCCAAAGACAAGCAAGAUUAUAGUACGUGUUUCCAGUUUCUUAGGAAACUCUUAUCUCUCUCUCUCUCUCAGAACGAGUGAGACCCACAAAUUAAACCGUCGACUCCACAGCUUCUGUCUGGACGGGUGAAAGAUGAAGACGCCGCGGAAGGUCUCCUUAAAAAUCAAAUGCCAAUGCCAAAACAUUAACGGCAACCAAAGCAAGGAAAGCAACAAAAACAACUGCAUCAGAGAGGACAACAACAAUACGAGGAGCUUUUACGAGCUUUCCGUGCCUUUCAUCCUCUCGCUUUGGUGUCUUGUCUUCUUGUUCUACUUUCACCUUGGCCAUGUCAAUGGCAUAGGCAAUGGAGGCAAUUCAUAUAUCACAAACAGAAGCAAUACCCACGCAGACGAGAUAUUUUUAGAGGGUAAUAAGUCAACUAGCUGUAAUAAUUCCAGUGUUCAUCGCAGCUCUAUGAAUCCGAACCGUUCACUUCCAGAGACAAAUAGAGUAGGAGUAGUUUGGAGCUUUUUCGGUAACGAUGCUUUAGCGUGUGAAGUAGAACACCAAGAACGACAGGAAACAGAAAAAGCUAUUCAAGCAGAACAACUUCCAAGUGGGAGAACUCCUAAUCCCACCUAUCUCAAUCUUGAUGAGUUCCGAAACAUAACAAGGCAAGAAAAAGACAGAGCCUCGCCUAGCGGACUUGUUAACAUCACCCACCGGCUUGAACUUGACGGAACAGCAUACAACUAUGCCUCUGCAUCUAAGGGUGCAAAGGUGGUGGCUCAUAAUAAGGAAGCAAAAGGAGCCAGUAACAUUUUGGGGAAGGAUCAUGACCAGUACUUGAGAAAUCCUUGUUCUGUGGCAGAUAAGUUUGUGGUGAUGGAACUUGCAGAAGAGACUCUGGUUGAUACUGUCAAAAUUGCAAACUUUGAACAUCAUUCUUCAAAUUUCAAGGAGUUUGGUUUAUCUUGCAGUUUAAGCUAUCCAACUGAUACCUGGUCCCCUUUGGGAACUUUUGUUGCUGCUAAUGUCAAGCAUGCACAAUGCUUUAAGUUACCUGAACCUAAAUGGGUGAGGUACUUGAAGUUAAAUUUACGUAGUCAUUAUGGGUCAGAGUUUUACUGCACACUGAGUGUUGUAGAGGUGUACGGUGUUGAUGCAAUUGAUCGGAUGCUUGAAGAUCUCAUCGUGGCUUAUGCAGAACAGGCUCCCAGCAAAUUGCCAGAGCCUAAUUCAACCACAAUGCCUUCUUUAAAACCAGAAGUUGGUCCAGUUAACAAGAAAGGAGAGGGUGAAGUUCAAAAUGACACUGAGACUGGUGUAGGGACAGGGAGCAGCAAUAAUGCCCAAAAGCUCAAAGUGGAUACAACAAAAACUUUGGGUAUUUUGAACGGUAUUCCUGAUCCUGUAAUAGAAGUUAGACAACAGUCAAAUGGUAGAAUACCUGGAGACACUGUCCUGAAGAUUUUGAUGCAGAAGGUGAGGUCACUUGAGUCAAACUUAUCUGUGCUGGAGGAGUAUAUCAAAGAAUUGAAUCGGAGACAAGGGAAUGUUCUACCUGAGCUUGAAAAAGAGCUAUCGAGUAUAUCAUCGCUCCUGGAUAAAAGCAGAAGAGAGAUCAAAGAUCUGUUGGGGUGGAAGGAGAGCAUGGAAAAAGGAAUUACUGACCUUCAGUUGUGGAAAGCUCUUGUCUCAUCUCAAGUGUAUGAAUUGGUCAGAGAAAAUAACAAGCUAAGGUUAGAUAUUGAAAAGGUUGCUAGUGAUCAAGCAAAUUCGGAAAGUAGAGAGCUUGCUGUGCUUGCAGGGAGUCUUUUGUUUUUGUGCUUUGCAAUUCUCAAGCUAAUUUCAACAAAAAUCUUCACAUUUUUUGGAGCCCGCCAGUCUGAUAAGGAGUGCCAGACAAGUAGAGGUUGGGUUUUGAUACUUGUUAGCAGUUGUAUGACAAUAUUCAUCACCUUGAUCUAUAGUUAGUCUCUCAUUUUUGCAGCUCUAGUAAAACGAGAUUAUUGGCGUUUAGGUCUCUUUGUAAUUAUAGCUUAUGUUUAAAGGAGACUGGUCUUGAGGAACAGCUCAAGUUGCUUUCUUGGAAUGAACUUUACCAAACUGUAUACAUGCUGAAACUGGUACCCCUACCUUUAUUUGCCUAUUCACAGUCCA